CACAUUUCAGACCUGGUUAUAAAUAAUGGAGACUGUUCAGGAAUGAAGCCAGAGGAGUUUGAUGUGUGUCAGAACAUGUUUCUCCCUGGUGAGCCGGAUGAGAUGCGUGGUGGAGAGAAGCCCAAGGACUGUAAUGUGAGCAGCAAACCCUUCGGGUGUGAACACCGUAGUUUUCAUCAGAAGGGUCAGAUUUUGCAGCCACUUUUUGAAUUUGGUGGGCAAGGGCAUGACUUGAACAGGGAGACAACCACCUUUACACAUAGCAGUGCUCCUGUGGGAGAGACUGCCUAUAACUACGAUGACUGUUGGAGAGCCUGUGACAAGUCUGCUGUCGUUGUCCGAGAGAGAACUCACAUAGGGGAGGGUCACUGUAGGUGUAACAAAUGGGGGAACACCUGUGUGAAACCAAACCAAUCGAAUCUUCACAGAGCUGAUUUGGAGGAGCAACACUGUGAACGUGAUCAAAGAGGGGACAAUUUCAGCAAGAAAUUACACCUUACUUGGCUUUCAAGAACUCAGGAGAGAAAACUUUUGAAUGUGACAUAUGUGGCAAAACUUUCCACGCAAAGUCUAAUCUCCGUAAACAUCAGAAAAUGCACACAGGGGAGAAACCCUAUCAAUGUAGUAAGUGUGAGGAAACCUUUAUCAGUAAAACAGUUCUUACAGUACAUUGGAGAACUCAUACAGGGGAGAAACCCUACGCAUGUAUCGAGUGUAAGAAAACUUUCUGCCGUAAGUCUCACCUAACUGUUCAUCAGAGAACCCGCAUGGGAGAAGAACCAUAUGAGUGUUACGAAUGUGGGAGAUCUUUCUCUGUGAAAACCAAACUCACUGUGCAUCUGAGAGCACACACAGGGGAGAAGUCCUAUGAAUGCCACGGGUGUAGGAAAUCCUUUUACCAGAAGUCAGCCCUCACUGUACAUCGAAGGAGUCACAAUAGAGAGACACAUCAUGAAUGCAGUGAUUGUGGUAAAACCUUCUGUCAGAAGUCCGUUCUCACUGCGCAUUGGAGAACUCACACAGGAGAGAGACCUUAUGAAUGUCCAGAAUGUGGGAAAUCCUUUGGCCAUCGCCCAGCUCUUACCGUCCAUCAGAGAACUCAUACAAGAGAUAGACCUUAUAAAUGUAACGAGUGUGGGAGAUCUUUCUGUGUAAAGCCAAAGCUCACUGUGCAUCUGAGACUUCACACCGGUGAGAGACCAUAUGAGUGUAAGGAAUGUGGGAAAACUUUCUACCAGAAAUCAAAACUCACUGUACACCAGAGAACUCACACAGGAGAGAAGCCCUAUGGAUGCAAAGAAUGUAGCAAGACUUUCUACCAGAAGUCAGCCCUGACUGUGCAUCAGAGAACUCACACAGGAGAGAAGCCCUGUGGAUGUAAUGCAUGUGGGAAAACCUUCUGUCAGAAGUCACACCUCAGCAAACAUCAGAGAACUCACACUGGGGAGAAGCCAUGUGUGGCAGAGACUGGCGAUAUGUACACCAAAACUCACUUUCUCUUUGUGUUGGGCACACAGUUCGCCUGCAUUUCUCAGCUCCUGUUUACUGUGGGUGGAAGCACGUAAUUGAGCUCUGGCCAAGAGAUCAUGAACACAAAUUAUGAACAUUACUUCCAUGUCUGGCCACAAAAAAACUUACUUGCCUUUGCUGAUUUUUCAUUCCUGGAAUGCAUAUUACCCACAGGUGUGUUUUUGGAGCCACAUGGUGAAGAUGGCAACCAGGACUUAAGGCAGAAAGGACUGACUGGGGAGGGCAAAGAUCUUCCCAACGCUGCCUCACAAAUCUUCACCUGCAGUUACCUGAGGGAGAAGUAGUCACUGUUGAAUCCUAUGUGUGACCUAUUUCCAACAAUGUGAGUCCAUUGUAGCUAGUUCAGUUUGCGAAUUUGAGGUCGGCUUCUGUGAGACGUUACCAGUCCUUGUGUAAGAGAGUCACACAGGAAAGAACCUUUUGUUGUCACUUUUCAUCCCCAAGCAAUGGAUGUAAAAAUCAAAGAAAUCAUAGGAAAAAAAUUCAAUAAAUGCAGGAAUGACUUUAUUGGGCAGAGACAGGUCAUUGAACACUGAGGAUAAAGUAAAACCUUAUAAAUACCUUUAAUGUGUCCACUUUUCAACAGAAGGUCCAACUUUGUAUCAGUGAGUUUUUCAUGAAGCGAAAACUAUCAGCGUAGGUAAUGUGGAUAAAAAAAUUUCACAUAGAAAUGAUACUAUAUUAAAGAAGAUUUUUGAAAGACUAUA